GUUGAGAGAGAGAAAAUGAUAUUGAAACGAACGCUGAAACUCAAUGAAAGGAAGAGAGACUGAGGAAGAGAGAAACUGAAAAAGAAACCCUAAACUCGCGGCGGAGGAACAACGGCGGUCGACCGCGAUUUCGCAUUCGCCGGAGUAACGACGACGAGCGGUGAGGAUUGAGGAAGAGGAACGAAGUCAGUCAAGUCACGAACUUCGAACAAGGAGUCACGAGCAGUGAGGAAGAGCCGAAGAGGAACGAAGCCACGAAGCGACGCCGCCACCACCACCGCCCACGUCCUUCGCCGUCGCCGACCUCUCGAGACGCCCAGCACAGCAGCACUCACUGAUUGUGUGAGUCCAAUGUUCAGGUUUGAAUUGGGAUAUUAAGAUGGAUUUAGGCAGCAAGGUUUUCACGGUAGAUCUUCUCGAACAACAUGCUGCCAAGGGACAUGGAGUUGUCACAUGUAUGGCUGCUGGUAAUGAUGUCACCAUGUGGGGAACCAGUAAAGGGUGGAUCAUCAGGCAUGAUUUUGGACUCGGUGACUCUUAUGGAAUUGAUCUCUCUGGUGGUCGAACUGGUGAUCAGUCUAUCCACAGAGUUUUUGUGGACCCUGGUGGUAGCCACUGUAUUGCAACAAUUGUGGGUGAUGGAGGUGCUGAUACAUUCUACAUACAUGCAAAAUGGAGCAAACCGCGUGUUUUGAGUAAAUUGAAAGGCCUUGUUGUCAAUGCUGUUGCUUGGAAUAGACAGCAUAUUGCAGAAGCAUCCACAAAGGAAAUCAUUAUUGGUACUGAUAAUGGUCAACUUCAUGAGAUGGCUGUGGAUGAGAAGGAUAAAAGAGAGAAAUACAUAAAGCUCCUUUAUGAACUUACGGAGCUUCCAGAAGCUUUUAUGGGUUUACAGAUGGAAAUAGCUAGCAUUAGCACUGGGAUUAGAUAUUAUGUGAUGGCAGUAACUCCAAGGCGGCUUUACUCUUUUACAGGGAUUGGGUCACUGGAGAGCGUCUUCUUGAGUUACCAAGACCGAGCUGUGCGUUUUAUGGAGCUUCCUGGUGAAAAUCUCAAUAGUGAACUGCAUUUUUUUAUAAAGCAGAAAAGAGCAGUGCAUUUUGCUUGGCUCUCUGGAGCAGGAAUCUACCAUGGUAACCUGAACUUUGGAGCAAGCCAUAGUUCACAGGAUGGCGAUGAAAAUUUUGUGGAGAACAAGGCACUACUGGAUUAUUCUAAGUUGUUUGAUGGUGUCGAAGCAAUUAAACCUAGUUCUCUGGCGAUAUCAGAAUUUCAUUUUCUGCUUUUAGUUGGUAAUAAAGUUAAGGUUGUGAACCGAAUCAGUGAACAGAUCAUAGAGGAGCUCCACUUUGAUGUGACAUCAGAGUCAUCAUCAAAGGGUAUUCUAGGUCUUUGUAGUGAUGCUUCUGCUGGUCUGUUUUAUGCAUAUGACCAGAACUCUAUCUUUCAGGUUUCUGUAAUUGAUGAAGGCCGAGAUAUGUGGAAAGUUUACCUGGACAUGAAAGAGUAUGCUGCAGCUUUGGCAAAUUGUCGCGAUGCUUUGCAGAGAGAUCAAGUGUAUCUAGCACAGGCUGAAGUUGCAUUCACUACAAAGGACUUCCUCAGAGCUGCAUCUUUUUUUGCAAAGGUCAACUAUGUCCUCUCGUUUGAAGAAAUUACUUUGAAGUUUAUUAGUGCAAAUAAACAGGAUGCUUUGAGGACCUUUCUAUUGUGGAAACUCGACAGUCUUUCAAAAGAUGAUAAAUGCCAAAUAACAAUGAUUUCCACGUGGACAACUGAAUUAUACUUGGAUAAGAUCAACCGGCUACUAUUGGAAGAUGAUACUUCAGGUGAUCAUAAUUCUGAAUAUCGAUCACUUAUCAAAGAGUUCCGUGCUUUUCUAAGUGAUUCUAAAGAUGUGUUGGAUGAAGCAACAACAUUGAAGCUAUUGGAAAGCUAUGGUAGGGUUGAUGAAUUGGUGUUCUUUGCAAGCUUGAAGGGGCAGUUUGAAAUUGUAAUUCACCAUUAUAUUCAGCAAGGAGAAGCGAAGAAAGCCUUGGAAGUGCUUGAAAAGCCUGGUGUUUCAACACUUCUCCAGGCUUUGUCUGGUAUAAUGCAGUACAAAUUUGCUCCUGAUCUCAUCAUGCUUGAUGCUUAUGAAACUGUUGAAUCAUGGAUGAUAAGGAAGGAUCUUAAUCCAAGGAAGUUGAUUCCUGCAAUGAUGCGCUAUUCAAGUGAACCACAUGCAAAGAAUGAGACACAUCAAGUCAUCAGAUACUUGGAGCACUGUGUUCAUAGUCUGAAUAAUGAAGAUCCUGGGGUUCAUAACUUGCUGCUUUCUUUGUAUGCUAAACAGGAGGAUGAUAGUGCUCUCCUACGAUUUUUGCAAUCCAAGUUCAGCAAAGUAAGAGAAAAUGGCCCAGAAUUCUUCUAUGAUCCUAAAUAUGCCUUGCGGCUUUGCCUGAAGGAAAAAAAGAUGCGUGCUUGUGUUCAUAUAUACAGUAUGAUGUGUAUGCACGAAGAAGCUGUUGCUCUUGCGUUACAGGUAGACCCAGAGCUUGCCAUGGCUGAAGCUGACAAGGUUGAAGAUGAUGAAGAAUUACGGAAGAAACUCUGGCUCAUGAUUGCAAAGCAUGUUGUUGAGCAGGAAAAGGGAACUAAGAGGGAGAACAUACGGAAAGCAAUAGCAUUUUUAAAGGAGACGGAUGGCCUUUUGAAAAUUGAGGAUAUUUUACCAUUCUUUCCAGACUUUGCUUUAAUUGAUGAUUUCAGGGAGGCGAUAUGUUCAUCGCUAGAGGAUUACAAUAAACAAAUUGAGUUGCUGAAAGAGGAGAUGAAUGAUGCAACACGUGGAGCAGAUAACAUUAGAAAUGAUAUCGGUGCUCUCGCUCAGAGAUAUGCAAUCAUUGAGCGCGAUGAGGAAUGUGGGGUUUGUCGACGAAGAAUCUUGAAUUCAGCUGCAGAUUUUGGUAUCUCAAGAGGUUAUGCGUCUCUCGGACCUAUGGCUCCUUUCUAUGUUUUUCCAUGUGGCCAUGCUUUUCAUGCUCAGUGCCUAAUUGCCCAUAUUACACGAUGUACUGAUCCAGAACAAGCUGAGCAUAUACUUGACCUACAGAAGCAACUGACUUUGAUGACUGGUGAAACGAGAAGAGAUUCAGAUGGUAGCCUAACUGUUCAGGAACCUAUUGCUAGCAUGAACCAAGUCGAUAAGAUCCGCUUCCAAUUGGAUGAUGUUAUUGCGAGUGAAUGCCCUUUUUGUGGUGAGUUGAUGAUUCGGGAGAUAGCACUGCCUUUCGUUCUUCCUGAAGAAGAGCAAGAGGUUGAUUCAUGGGAAAUAAAACCUCUGCACUCCAUCAACCAGAAGAGCAUCUCGUUAUCUGUAUAAUCAGUCUCUGGUGUUUGUACAAAUGAUAGGUAUAAAACUCUUGAAACCUUGGUAUUGAACUUGAAUUUUUGUUCUUUUUUUUCAUUUUAGAAAUGCUAUCGCACUGAAGGUUUUAUUGCACUCCUAUGAAAAAAUAUAUCAGAAUAUGUGCUUUGGUUAGGUGAACAAGAGAAAGUGGAAAUUUCAUUUUAUUUGAUCGAGUAGUAGCCUGAGAUUCCUUCACUCUCGAACCCCUAACUAUGAGUUCCCAUCUGUGAGCUUCACAUGAGUUGUACAUUUGAAUGUAAUUUUUAUAAUAGUAAUCUAUAUGUGCCAUAAUUUUGACUUUUAA